AUGGCAUCGUGCACUGAAUUGAAUAGAACAACAUGUGGACCAAUUAACAAGGCCCUACCAGUUCCGUUAUCUACGAGCAAGAAACUCGUUGAACCAUUUAAUCGUCUUAAACAUCGAGCAAAUUUAUUUCGGCGAAAAAACUAUUCAUCACAAUUAGAUAUUAGCUCGCAGUCAACUAAUUAUCGAGUACCUGUAGCUUCGAAUCGACCCGUUUUUACUCAUCAAUCAUCCAUAGAAACUAACAAUAAAAAUAUCGGUAUUAUUCUUCUCAAACGUUCGAAUUCUAUGGUAUGUCCUCAGAAACAUCUACAGUCCUUACUAAAUCAAAAUAAUAAUAAUAACAACAACAACAACGAUUAUAUAAAUCAACAUAAUUCAAUCUGUAUUCAAUUAGCUGGUUGUUCAACUGACGAAAGUUCAACAGACGAUUAUCAACUAAUUAAAUCAUCAUCAGUAACGUCGUCGAAUCAUUAUUGGGCGAAGCCAAUCUCGUCGACGAUGAAUAAUAUUGAUCAACAUGAAAUUGUAUCAUCUACUCAACCACUGGCGAGUAUUGAUGAAUGUAGAGUGAAUCAGAACGAUAAUGAUGAUGAAAUCGAGGCUGAAGAUAAAGUCUCAUCAUUAUUACCUAACGAGAAUAACAACAGUGAGCAGGCGUCUGUCAUGCCUCCAUCAACUAUGAAUGUUAUUACAGGAGAGAAAGACGAUGAGACCAAACAACAAGAACUAAUAUCUUCUUCGACUGUUCCAACGGCUACUAUAUCUUCCUCUCAUUCAUCAUCAUCAUCGUCGCCGUCGUCAUCAUCGACAGUUAUAUUACGAGAUCAUGCUGAAGCGAUUCGUAUACGUCGUCAGUGCCAUUCGAGUAUAUCUCUACUUCAACAUCAGCAACGGCAACAAUCGUUGUCUGCAUCCGUAGAAGAUCCAUUUUAUGAUUGUAAACAACAGCAGUCACCUAAAAAGCUCGAACAAAUAUUUGAUAUGUCCACAGUGAAAAUUUCAAUGUGUACAAUGACUGGUAAAUCAUUGAAUAAUCUUGAUGAUGGUCUAUCAACUACAUCAUCCGAAGAAAAAGGUGUUCAAACAAUGUUCAAUGAAUCACUCAAUUCCAACUCUUGCGUUAAACGAGCGAUCUCGUCGACCAGUUUAUCCUCAUCAUCCGCAUCGAUACAAACUGACUCUCUGGAGAAAAAGCCUAAAAUGCCUGUUAUUGCCUUCUCAGUACCUUCGACAGCAGAUGAAACAACAUUAACUAAUGAUAUCGAGAUACCGGCACAUUUGACUGUGCAACAUCAGACCGACUCACCAUAUAGAUGGCCGCAUGUACGCGAAAGAUUACUUGGCGAACAAGCGUGUAUUUAUUGGGUUAAUUACUUAGGUUCAACAGCGAUCAAAAUGUCAUCCGAUGAUACAACAGCCAUUCCGUCUCAAGCAAUCACAAGAUUGAAGCAGUCAACUCAAUAUGCACGCGUUCUUCCAAUCAUUGGUCUUAGUAUUUCAUCUCGUGGUGUCGAAUUUUUAAAACAUACCAAAGAUCGUUUGGUGAUUUGCUUUCACGAUAUCAGAUCGAUCCAUUGUGCAUGUCAAGAUCCUGAUUUACGUUAUUUUGCCUAUGUUACACGUGAACAUCGAUUGACCAAUGGAAUGUCUCACACAAAUUCCCACACUACAAUUGCUUCAACUGCUGACAAUAAACAUCCGUUACCUCCAUCGCCUACUCUGUCAAUUGGUGGCGAUUAUCAUCAUUAUUGUCAUGUAUUCGUUGUUAAGAGCGAAGCAAUGUCUACUGAGAUCAUGUUAACAUUUGGUCAAGUAUUCGAUCUAGCUUAUCGCCUUCAUCGUCGAUUGAAAUGUAAUGGCAAAAAAUCUAAAGAUAUGCAUACACCGUUAUCAUCAGUUACUAACAAUGAACGUCAUCAUCCUCAACUUGAAGUUAUUCGUCUUUCGACUAAGUCUGAUACGACACAUAAUCAUGUUAUUAUGUCAUCGUCAACACAUUCACCAGCAACGUCAUCUUCAUCAUCGUCGUCGACGGAUGAUAGAAAGAUAUUUGUCUAG